AUGCGGAUUUUAAUAAUACUAUUUAUCUGCUGCUUGGACUUAUUAAGUGCUCGUCCCGCAGAGGAACCAACAAGAUUCACCUUCAGCAACAUAGAAAAUUCAGAAAAUGUAAUACCUUCAAGAUUAGAAAAAACACAGCAGUUAACCAGCGAAACUCAAAACAAUCUUGAUCCGACAGUCUUUAAGUAUGAGAAGCUUAAUCAAAGUCGUAGAUCAAUAAUACCAGUGCAAAGUACAACUCCCAUAGUUUUGUUUCACCCAAUACCACGAGAAACAGUUCGUUUAGAAAAUGAGACCGAGCAAGCGAUUUUAGAGAAACCAAACCCUGGCGUCAUCAGACAAGUUUUGAACACUGUUUUGACGCCUAAGCCAAUCGUCGAUAAAAUUCAGGAGGAGGAAAAAUAUGGUAAUGCGGGGGAUAGACAUAUCGGUGUCGGGAAAGCAGUCGUUAAUGCUUACGAAAAUUUCAGCAAUUUUUUGAACACCUUAGUAGCAAUUCCUCUUAACAUUGUCCGACAAACCUCUCGAGGAAUAACACAAACGUUGGAUCAAGUAGGAGGACGACUUAUUGGGCUUCAAUAA